CUCCGCUCCGUCAGACGAUUACUGCACGCGCACAGCGGCCGGGAGGCACGAAAGUCAGAUACACCUGAAACAAUAACGAUCCCAGUUUUACUAUAAACUACUAGAUCAAGAGUAUAUAACGAAGAAAAUGAAUCAGAUCGAGCUCUCAGUGCCUUAUGAUAAUGGAUACGAGCAGGACGAGUACAUGUUACAGGAGGAUGAUUGGGAUCGGGAUUUACUGCUGGAUCCCGCUUGGGAAAAACAGCAACGAAAGACAUUCACAGCCUGGUGUAAUUCUCACCUGAGGAAAGCUGGCACGCAGAUCGAUAACAUAGAGGACGACUUUAGAAAUGGCCUGAAACUUAUGUUGCUACUUGAAGUCAUCUCAGGUGAAAGAUUACCCAAGCCUGACAGAGGAAAGAUGCGGUUUCACAAGAUAGCCAACGUCAACAAAGCCCUUGAUUUUAUCACCAGCAAAGGAGUGAAACUGGUCUCUAUUGGAGCUGAAGAAAUUGUGGAUGGUAAUGUGAAGAUGACUCUCGGAAUGAUCUGGACCAUCAUCCUUCGCUUCGCCAUUCAGGAUAUCUCUGUGGAAGAAACCUCAGCCAAAGAAGGACUUCUACUGUGGUGUCAGAGAAAGACCGCUCCCUAUAGGAAUGUCAACGUUCAGAACUUUCACGUCAGCUGGAAGGAUGGAUUGGCGCUGUGCGCUCUCAUCCACAGACACAGACCCGAUCUUAUUGACUACGCCAAGCUCAACAAGGAUGAUCCUCUGGGUAACCUUAAUCUGGCAUUUGACGUUGCUGAAAAACAUUUGGACAUUCCCAAAAUGCUGGAUGCAGAAGACAUUUUGAACACCCCUAAACCUGACGAGAGAGCCAUUAUGACAUAUGUGUCUUGCUUCUAUCAUGCAUUUGCUGGAGCUGAACAGGCUGAAACUGCCGCUAACCGAAUCUGUAAAGUCCUUGGAGUGAAUCAGGAAAACGAGAAGUUAAUGGAGGACUAUGAAAGGCUUGCUAGUGAGCUGCUGGAGUGGAUCCGGCGUACCGUUCCUUGGCUGGAGAACCGGGUUUCGGAUAAGACCAUGGCGGAGAUGCAGAGGAAGCUGGAGGAUUUCAGAGAUUACCGCAUGAUGCACAAACCUCCAAAAGUGCAGGAGAAGUGUCAGCUGGAGAUCAACUUCAACACGCUGCAGACCAAACUUCGCAUCAGCAAUCGGCCUGCCUUUAUGCCCUCAGAGGGAAAGAUGGUGUCGGAUAUAGCCAGUGCAUGGCAGGGUCUGGAACAGGCAGAGAAGGGCUUUGAAGAAUGGCUGUUGACUGAAAUCAGGAGACUGCAAAGAGUGGAUCAUCUAGCAGAGAAAUUCAGACAGAAAUCCACCAACCACGAGACCUGGACUGCAGGUAAGGAGGAGAUGUUGACCCAGAAGGAUUAUGAGUCAGCAUCUCUGAUGGAGAUCCGAGCAUUGCUGCGGAAACAUGAAGCAUUCGAGAGUGACCUUUCCGCUCAUCAGGACAGAGUCGAGCAAAUCGCUGCUAUAGCUCAGGAGCUUAAUGAGCUGGACUAUCAUGAUGUGGCAUCAGUGAAUCAAAGGUGUCAAAGCAUUUGUGACCUAUGGGACCAUCUAGGCACGCUCACCCAGAAACGCAGAGAGGCAUUGGAGAGAACAGAGAAACUUUUAGAGACAGUGGAGCAAUUGUUUCUGGAAUAUGCCAAGAGAUCUGGACCCUUUAAUAACUGGAUGGAGGGAGCCAUGGAGGACUUGCAGGAUAUGUUUAUAGUGCACACUAUCGAGGAGGUCCAGACUCUGAUAGCUGCCCACGACCAGUUUAAAGGCACGCUUCCCGAGGCAGAUGCGGAGAGGCAGGCCAUACUCGGCAUUCGGCAGGAAGUUCUGAAGAUCUGUCAAAGUUACGGCAUUCGUGGAGACCUCAAGAACCCCUACAGCACCAUAUCUACAGAAGAGAUUGCCACCAAGUGGGACAAGGUGAAGAAGUUGGUUCCCCAGCGUGACAGUGCGCUGCAGGAGGAGUUAGCACGACAGCAUGCCAAUGAGAGGCUCAGACGGCAGUUUGCUGCCCAGGCCAACCUCAUUGGACCCUGGAUACAGACCAAGAUGGAGGAGAUCGGCCUUUGCGCUAUGGUGAUUGGUGGGACUUUGGAGGAUCAGAUGACCCAGCUGAAGCAGUAUGAGCAUGUCAUCAUCAGCUACAAACCUAACAUCGACCGAUUAGAGGGAGACCACCAACUCAUUCAAGAAUCGCUUAUCUUUGACAACAAACACACUAACUACACCAUGGAGCAUAUCCGUGUCGGCUGGGAGCUCCUUUUGACUACGAUUGCUCGUACUAUUAAUGAAAUUGAAACUCAGAUUCUGACACGGGACGCAAAGGGCAUCAGCCAGGAGCAGAUGAAUGAAUUCCGAUCUUCCUUCAAUCACUUUGAUCGGAAGAAGAAUCGAGCAAUGGAUUCUGAUGACUUUAGAGCCUGUCUCAUCUCGAUGGGCUAUGAUCUGGGGGAGGUGGAGUUUUCUCGUAUCAUGAUGCUGGUUGAUCCAAACUCAAUAGGCGUUGUGUCAUUCCAGUCUUUCAUUGACUUCAUGACCAGGGAAACCGCAGACACAGACACAGCGGAACAGGUCAUAGCUUCCUUCAGGAUCCUUGCCGCUGACAAGCCAUAUAUACUGGCGGAUGAGCUGAGGCGAGAGCUUCCACCAGAUCAGUCAGAGUACUGCAUCAGCAGAAUGCCUCCAUACACGGGACCUGGAGCUUUGAGUGGAGCCCUGGACUACACCGCCUUCUCUACGGCCCUGUAUGGAGAGAGUGACCUUUAACCAUAUCAACACCUGGCUUCACCUUUAAAAUACCUUAUUUGUUAGUCCAGUAAAUUCUGUACUCGGAAGAUGAAAUGCACCAAGAAAUGAAAACAUGAAAAGUAAAUUAUAAUGAAGUUCUAACACUAUGUUCUCAGUUGUUUAUAUGAAGUGGCUUUGUUUAGUCAUUCAAAUGCAUUUGAAAUGCAGCCAAUGCAAAGAAAGGAUGAGAGUUAUUUUAAAUCUUAUAUGAACAAUUAAAUCUAAGGUAAGAUUAUUUUACUGUCCCUAUACUAUUAGCUUUGGUCAUACAGCAAACAAAGAAUUUGUAUAAAACAUCAAUAGUAUUGCAAAGUAAUAUGCUGUAGAUGCACUGAUAGUACAAAUUACAUUAUUUUCUCUUUCCCUGAAUUAAUCUGUUAUGGGUGGUAAUAAAAUAAUUGUAUUCUUUAAAAAAUACAGAAUGUAGUGUUAUGCUGAGAGAAAACCUUGAGAGAUUCUUUUACAACAUAAUUAACCUAAAUCUCAUAGACAAUAAUAUUUCAUGCAGUAUAAACAGAGGUUUCAUUCUCAAAUAGAUUUCAUUUCACAGGACAUUUGAACUGCAGACAUUUAUGCUUUUGUAGAAAGUACUAAUGGGCUUGUGAAACUAAAUAUUUAUAACUAAAACACCUGAUUUAAAUGGCAAAGUACUCACCGGGUAUUCUUAUGAACUGCUUUGUUAAAUUAUCUGCAAUAUACAUCUGCCAUGUAUGGUACUUUUGCAUUCUGAAUCAUUUUACCCACAAAUUUAUUUUAAUGCACAAAAAUGAAAGUGACUUGCUAUGAGCAAGAAAGACAAAUUUGAGUGUUUUACUGUGAUGACAAGAAAAUAAACCUUAAUUGUGAAAUGA